AGGGAGGCGCCGCUGCCCGCGCCGUGCUGGGAAUCGGCCUUCGCCGCGCUGAUUGGACGCCCGACGGCGUAGGCUGAGAACCCUGUGUGCGGAGGCCGCCAGGUGGGGGCGCUCGUCAGGCCUCGGGCGGCAUCGAAAGCCUCGCAGACGCAAACCGCCGACCUCUGGGGCCUGGAUUUACCUCACAAAAGGGUAUUUCAUUGUGAAGAAAAUGAGUCAUUCCCUGAAGAUACCAGUUACUGGUGUCCCAAAAUCAGAUAAUCCACACUUGGGAAAAGGUCACAAAGUACAUUUCUCGAAUACUGUAAAGACAAAGGAAAAACACAAUAAAGAUGUUUCGGCUCACAUGAUACAGAAAGCUUGGUUAUCUCAUCUCGACAAAACUGUGUUUCAACUCCUUAAGCAUACAAUUUGUGCAGCGGAACAUCACGUGACACAUGAAAUUUUGAAGAAAGUGAGCCCCUUAGAGGCUGAGCUUGUUAAAGAUCCUUGCAUGAAGUGUAAAGUUAGAUUCAGAUUUAGUGGCGAAAUAUUUCCACCUUUCAUCGUAUUUAAAAUUUUUCUUCACACUGAAGGCCAUGGUUAUAAGUAUUUCAGCGGAAAAAAAUUUUUAAAGCCAUCAAGUGAGGCUGAGGCUGAUGCUUACAAAAUAAUGGGGAGAAAGAAAUUUUAUCAUCAAAUUAAGGAAGAUGAACGUCUUUUCCAGAAGUUCAAAAUAACUGAUGACACAGAUAUUGUCACCCUGAAAGAUUACAUGCAAUAUUCCAGUCAUCUGGAUGAGAUCCCUGCAUCUUCUGGUGGCAGAAAUAACUGUUGGCGAAGAUUAAGCCUCGAAAACAUUCCCAGGACAAUGAUAAUGUAUGACAUAGUUGAUUAUGCUGAGUCUGGAAUAAUCUCAAAACGUCUAAAAAAAGAAAUGAAGUAUCUAUUACAAAGACCAAAAACAGAAGAGAUGCGUCAGCACCAGCUACAGAUUGUUUCUGAAGUUAGGUCCCCUUUAUUCUUAUCAAGUCUUCAACCUUUAUAUCGGCCCUACCAACAGCAAAGUCAAAUUAGACUUCUGGGUCGUCGAUCCAAACAAGCUCUAAUGAAAGUUGAAAAAAUGAAAAGAGCUUAUAAGAUGGCUAAAGAAAAAAAUGCUUCUGUGGGAUCUGAACCAAAAAUGGACAUACCAGGUGCAAAGCAGAAAGAGACAGUUGUCUUCUCCGCCCCAUCUUUUGACAUUGUGAAAGUUAAAGAACUGUCAGAUGACGAGUUGGAAAAAGAGGAAAAGGAAUUAUUUGCCUGGUGUCAAGACUUGUUUAUUAAUAACUCUCCAUCAUUUUAAUGCACAGCUAAUUGACAGAAAACCAACUUAUUCAACAAUCUGCUUGUCUGUCUAUAAAUGAGUAUGUGCAUUAAAGGAAAACAAAAUAUAUACAAGUGCUCAGUAUGCUCUCUUAAGCAAAUGUGUGACAGAUUUUAAAGCCCUUUCUGUAUUACCAUAGGUACAGGUAUUUUUUUACUGACAGAAUUUUAAUAAUAAUUUCAAAUAGGUGCCCUCAAACUAGCUGUAUAAGAUUUUCUUCAAGAAAUGGUGAGAAU